GGGGGCAGUAUAUAUAAAAACAUAAACAUCACACACAUGGGAGAAAAAUACCAUUCUUUGAAAAUGUGAAAAAAUUACUAGGCUUAUCGGUCAUUAACCAUCUUCUGUCGGCCACCUGAUGCCCACAUCAAGCCCAACUGAUGCAAAAAGUCCGCCUUUGUAUACAAUCAAAUAUAUUCAUACAAUGCCACUAAACCCGACUAAACGCAUUGUUAAAUGAUGAACAUCUACCACGAAGACAGUGAACUUAACCAGGCACGCUCACAAGUAGCAGACGAUGUGCCAGUUCUUAAUGACAUACUAUAUGAUGUGUUCUUUGAGGAGUUCAUGGCAGUCAAUAGGCCUUGCUUGUUCAGUGGUAUUACCGACGGAUGGCGGAGUAUAAAAGAAUGGGUUGAUAGUGACGGCAAACCUAAUUAUCAGUACUUGUCUCAGCAUUUCGGGGACGCUGUUGUUCCAGUUGCGGACUGCAAGAGAGAACAGUAUGGCUCGCAGCCUAAGGAGAACAUGCUAAUGAGAGAUUUCCUCAGUUACUGGAAAGCAUACAUCAAAAAUGAUUACAGCAAAAGUGAAAGAUGCCUGUAUCUUAAGGAUUGGCAUUUCACACGAGAAUUUCCAGAUUAUGGAGCCUAUAGAACACCAGUUUACUUUACUUCUGAUUGGCUGAAUGAGUUUUGGGAUUCUAAGCAAGACAGCCAAUCAGGAGAUGAUUAUCGCUUUGUGUAUAUGGGUCCUAAAAAUUCUUGGACUCCCUUGCAUGCUGACGUUUUUCGCUCCUUUAGCUGGUCAGCAAAUAUCUGCGGCAAAAAACGCUGGCUUCUUUACCCUCCUGGACAAGAGGUUUUUCUCAGAGGUAGGCAUGGUAACCUUGCUUUUGAUGUCACUUCCCCUGAAAUGCAUGAUGUGACAAUUUUCCCAAGGUUCUCUGAACUGCAGUAUUGCUUUGAGGUGAUCCAGAAUGCAGGUGAAGUGAUAUUUGUACCAAGUGGUUGGCAUCACCAGGUGUUCAACUUAGAAGACACCAUAUCUAUCAACCACAACUGGUUUAACGGCUGCAAUAUAGAUAUUGUUUGGAACUUCCUACAGACCGAACUAUUGGCAGUCAAGCGAUCUAUUAGUGACUGCAGGGAGAUGGAUGAGUGGGAGGAACAGUGUCAGGUUAUAAUGAAAGCCAAUACUGGAAUCGAUUAUGCUGAAUUUUCACAGUUCCUCACUACGAUCGCCGAGCCGAGAAUUCAACUUCUUUCACAACUACUGACGCAAUAUGAACUGAGUCCUAUGUCAGAUGUACCUCAUACGUACUCUGAUGAAUUUGAGAAUCGUAAAAUAGAUAAACGCAGAAACAUUAUUAAUGGAAAUGAUAUACGAGCUGAGCACUAUGUACAAUUGGGCGUUUCUCUAGAGAGCAAUUCCGAUGCAAAAGAACUAUUUAACGAAACUUCGAUAACUGACGGCUGUUCUGACCCAGAAAAUAAGGGGCGAGCGUUGUCAGUUCAUAGGGAUAAUUCCGCUGAUAGAUUACCGGAAAGAGAGAAAGUCGAGAAGUUUCAAGCGAAUAAAGGUCAUGAUGAUGGCAUUCGAGAUUUGCGUUCUGAAGAUGAAGUUGAUUGGGAGACAAAUUGUAAGAUGGAUCUGAGACGAUGUUUACUGUCAAACGAUCGGCGUCACCUUGUGUUUGAUCUACGAAGAUUGAAAGAUGUCAUAGAUAAGCUUUUAAUGGAACUAGAGUUUAAGUUUGUCAAACCUGAGAGAUUGAUUGUAAAUCCAGUCGAGAUCUUGGAUAAAGUUAAAACUAUGCUCACUAAGGUAGAAAAUUCGGGAUUAAACGAACGUGUAUAAAUCAUAGUGGUGCAAUUGCUUAAUUUCUUUCAAUAGCCUUUCCAAGUACUGUUUAUAGAUUGUACUUAAGAUUCUUUUAAACUAACAUUCAACUUAAAAAGUAGAAGUUAAAUGAUGUUAAUUGAGGUCUGGAUGGAAAAUAUAUCUACAUAUUGAUUAAUGGAAGUGGGGCCAUAGCGGGUGGUUAUAAUGCUUGGUUUUCCCAGCAGGUCGUGUGUCCUACUGUUAAAACCAUGAUAUUUUUCUCACAAUUUGAAAAUAGAUUCAAAUCCUAGUAUUGAGACACGGACUAAAUAUCACUUCCAUCUUGUAAUUAGCGAACCAUGCGCUGUUGAAAAUGAAAAAAAAAAUGAGUGGAAUACGAAAGAACAUGCCGAGAUAAACACAAAUCACCCCGAUUCUAACGAAUUGGGCAUUCAUGAAACUAACACAAUAGCAGCGCCGUGAUCUAUUUAUAUCGUAAUUGAAUGUUAUUGGUUGAUCUUAUUUUAAAUCUUAUGUUGUGGAUAAUUGAUCUCAGUACUAACAUGAUUUGAAGCGUAAGAUAAUCAUGCCCACCCGAAUACAGUUCUAAGGCAGGACAUUAAUCACGGACAUUUUUUACAUUACUUAUCCGCUUCUUAGGACAAUGACAUUCAUAUUUUAGACAAAGUAUGGUAUAAAACCAAAAUAAUCACUUAUUUAUAUUGGUUUUGUUUUGUUGUAAACAUUUGUCAUUUGAGUUGUUACGAAUGAACUUCAGCAUGAUUCAAUAUUUAUGUUAUGACAACAUAAGUAGGCCUAUAAUUUCAACUUUAAAAUAUAUUGUCAUCUAAAUCUAUUAUAAUGUUAUCAUAAAAAAUAUUAUUGCCUAUUUUAUAUGUUUCUGUAAGUGAUUUGCUUUCAAAUGAAACAUAGAACGAAUGACAAAAUGUACUUGUCAGUAUGUUACGUUUAAGUAAUACUUUUUCUGUGUUUUUGCAUAUAGGCCUACACUUACAUUUUUAGCCAACUGUUUUUCAUAUGAAAGAAAAAAUCCCUGACCCCCCCCCCCAUCUGUUACAUACUAAAACUUAUGCCUAUGGUGUUAUUUUUAAUAAGCAAUUUAAUUUUUCAUUUUAGAUUUACUAGUUCGUUUUGUGGCAGGACAUUAUUCUUCUUGUGUUUCUAUUAGAUAAUAAUCCAUGGGGCAUAUUGAUUGUAUAAUAUUCUACAUUUAAAAUAAUAAGGAUUAAAUAAGACUGGUUGGAAGAUGGUUUUAUCUCAGCAGAGAUUAUUUAAAAUUAAAUAACGCCCCCUAUUGUCAAACUAAAUUUGCAUUAUAUUUUAUUGGCGGUGUGUUCAAAGUAAGCGAAGUUUUAUUGACUGUCGAAAGCUCGCGAAUGCUACAAAUGUGUGCAAUCGUUGAAUUUAGAGAUAUUCAUACAGAUUGGUACAGUAUAAGUAAUUAAAGGUUGUGUUUUAAUUACUAUCGUUGUGGUUGUCGCUACUAAAUUAGCAGAUCAUAUAAUUUAAUGAUUGGCUAGAAUACAAAAAUAUUUGUGUUGAUCUCGAUUAUCCUUAAAAGUGGUUACAUCUCAGUUAUAUUAUUUCGUUUGAUGUUUGUUGAUCAUCUACAGAUUUAUCAGUUAAAGCUAAUUGUAGUAACUGCAAAGGUUAAGGGUUACUAUAAUAAUGGGAAAUAAAUCACUAUUUUAAUAAUUAUAUUACAGUAUUGUUAGUCAUCACGUAAAUAGUCUCUCGCUAUUGGAUAAGAUAAAAGUAAAUAAAAUAACAAAUAAAAAUUAG